AUGGUCCACAUCCCAUCGUCUCCUCCACCUCCGCACCGCGAUCCAAAUCAGAAACUCGCAUGUGCUGUAGAAGGAUGCAAAGGGCGGGUUGCUCAAGAUUGUGGGCGGCAGCGAUGCAAGGCCCAUUGCGAGAUGGAAGGUGGUUGCCAGUCCAAAAAUCACCGAGUCAAGCCAGCUCCCCCACCCACCGCCCGUCGUUCCUCGCUACGGGGCGCCCAAGAGCCUUCUUCGUCUGGAUCUGUUGCCACAGCGGCUCCUAUUCCACCUGGCCCACAACCUCCAGUUCCUAUUGAUCCUCGCCCGAAUCCUCGACACGCCUCUCAGAUGCCUGCAAUCUUUACUGAGACUGUCCGCGUUUCCCAGGAACUAGCUGAGCGCCAACGUCGUGCCGACGCUGAGCAACGUGAAGCUGCCAAUCGCGCCAGACAGACGGUCACGGUCCGGGGAUGGGGUCAAACGUCAGAGGAUUGGGACACGUCGAGAUCACAUACAUUCCAAGAUGGGUACACCUAUCCAUAUUUCAAGAUUACGGAUGAUGUACUUGAAGCAGUUGGGCUGCUGGAAGGCGGAGGGAAGGGUCUGGAGUAUUACGACGUGAAGGCCGCCACUUGGAGUGGCAUCAACAAGGGCUACAUCCACGACAUGUCGAAGUUCCCGCCGUAUGUUUUCUUGCGUCUGCGACCUAACACGACCUGUGUUGGCCUCGAUCUCUGGCUUUCCAAGAUGGCGACUCCCCAACUCUAUUCCAAUAUUGCCUUCGAACGAAAGGCUGUUCGCACGGCACUCAAGGCGACCUCGACUGUCAGUUCUGUCGCUGCUGUCGCCACUUCUUCGUCUUUGGUGGUCCCAACUGUCACGUCGUCAUCAUCAUCAUCAUCAUCAUCCUCUUCCGGCCUCCUGCCUACCCCUGCAACCGCCACAUCAUCGUUGUCAUCUCUCUCUUUGCCGGAUGAACAGGCAAUUCAAAAACGACCUCGACCUCAGCCUCGGCCUCGACCCAUCAUCAGAACGCCUGUUUCUCCCUCUCCACAGCCGGACCUGCAACCAGAAUCUUCAGCCACUGUAGCUGUUGUUGCUGUGAAAGCAGAGCAACCUUUGGUGUUGGACGCAGUGGCAAAACAUGAGCCGAUCGAGAUAUUAUCGUCUCCCGAAGUCAGUCAAGAACGUAAACGCCCUCGCCAUGUCAGCCCAAUCUCGACCUCCUCUACCAGCGACCACUCCGACACUGAUAGCAAGGGCAAUGUUGGCAAUGGUACUGGUCCCUCUAAACCACUCGGCGUCCCCCAAGGGUCCUUGUCUACUGCUCCUAUCGACCUCACAGCUGGCGACUUCAAGGUAUGGCCAGAUGACUUUCAUGUUUGUGAAGUCAGUGCUUUCUUUGUCGCUAAGUCCAAGACGAUGAGAGGCAGGAGCAACAGCACCCCCGACGCUGGGGCUCGCCUCCAUGAAAACUUGUUCCGAACCUACUUUGGGGCGAACGCUGUGUAUAACCGCAGGCGGGUUUCUCGUGCCUAUCAGCUUUGGCGACAAGCAUCUUCCACUCUCCAAGCCACCUACGUUGAUCUUGGACCCCAGAAGAGCGCUUUGUGGUCCAAGUUCAGGGAUGCCGUGAAGGCAUCUGGUGACCCUUCGACUGCCGCCGAACAGAUUUUGGAAAUCUCGGACUGA